AUGCGGUCUGCAGCGCGAAUUGCCACCGCCCUCGCGCUCUGCUUGCUAGCGUCCGCGCAAGACACGGCGACGCACUCGGCAACAAACGCCGCUUACAAGUACCUGGCGGCGGCCCAGACGGCGCAGCAAGCGACGGAGCAGAGGUUUGCCAGGUUGAUGCCGUCGCAUUCUUCACACACGCACGCGAGUCUUCGGCUGGCCGCAGCGGAGGCGUCGCUGCAGCUAAAUCACGCACAGCACGAGAGUCUUGUGGCUGCUGCCUCGGAGGCCGCCGGCGAACUCAACUACCAGGCGUCAGGCUCCCGCACCUUCUCAAUGCGUGUGCCUGCAAUGCUGAUGUACGCCCCAAUCGCUCAGGAGCUCGCGGCGAUCCAGCAGCGCAGCCUCGCGCAGAUGAAGCAGCAGUCAAGGCUGGAGGCUCUCGAGCUGGCGAGGGAUACCUUCGAGCACGAGGCCGAUCAGCUCUACGCCCCGCUGUUCCCAUCUACAACGAGCGAUGACCAAGGCGGCGGCGGCCCUGGCUAG